AGAAGAAGUUUCUCCAGUACCUGACGCUUCACCGUGAGGAGAGUGCGGUAGUGACGAAUCUACCCCAACCCCUGUCUUGGCUCCAAACCAAAAGUGGCUUUUCUCUCUUCCCUUGGGUGGAGAUUCUGGAUUAAAACAGCAAAAUGAAUGGGACCUUUUUCAACCAGACUGUCAUGGAGCAAGGAGUUUAUUCCAACAGGACCCAGGACCUAGGCACUUUGAUGGGUUGUUGCAAUGGCACCAGCUCGGUGGUGGCCAGCGAUGGUGGGUCCUCCGUCCUGCUGCCCGAUGAGAGGAGCCUCUACAUUACACGGGUGGUCCAGAUUGCUGUGCUCUGCAUCCUCUCCUUGACUGUGGUGUUUGGGAUCUUCUUUUUGGGCUGCAACUUGCUCAUCAAGUCGGAGAGCAUGAUUAACUUUUUGGUCAAGGACCGCAGACCGUCUAAGGACGUGGGAGCUGCCAUCAUGGGGCUGUACUGAGAGGAUACCAGGAGUCUGUAGGCAAGUGAAUGGUAUGGAAUUCCGGUCGAGAAGUGCAAUCCCAUGCACAUGGGGGGCCGGGUGUGGAAUCCGGAUUUGUUGCAACAUGCUGGUGUACAGGGUAAAUCAACCCUUCUGUGCUGAAUGA